AUGGGUGGAGUGUACCGUCAGGACUUUGCACACACGAGGUUGCAAGGCGGCUUCUUCAAUAUGCCACAGGACCGCGCAGACCCGGAGCUCCGUCGCCAGAAGGCGUUGAUGAUUGCCGCCCUCGGCCUGGAGCCCCCUGCCUUCCAUCACUUCAAGCGCCUCGCGCGCCAAGGGGAGGUCCACCAAAGCCGCAGUGGAGGACCGAGUGGUCCAGAGGCCUUGACUCCAUUGGGGGGAUCUUCUGGAAGCCGAGAGACGAGCAGCAGUGCUUCAAAGUCUUCCGAUGGCGCCAGAUCGAACGCAAAAUGA